AAAAAGUUUCACUUUGAUUCUAACUAAGCAAAUCUCCUUCUCACUUCUGCUAUUCUCAGCUUUUUUGGUUAAUUUGGUGAUUUUUUUCUUGGCUCUGUACUUCAGUUGUCUGCGUAUUGUUCGAUUUGUCUCUGCUUUUUAAUACUGAAAAAAAAAUUUUUUUUUUUUAAAAGAGAGUAGAGAAUGGCCGGUACUGAAGUUGGGAUCGCGGUUGCUGGCAGAGUUGCAGAGAAGAUGGUUGAUCGAAUUUUAAAUCUAAUCUGUAUCCAAACAGCUCGCGUGUGCAGGUGGAAGGCUAAAAUACUGAAUCUGAAGACAAAAGUUGAGAAGCUGGCUGUUGAAAGAGGAAGCGUUCUGCAAUUUAUGGAAGCUGCUGAAAGAAGAGGGGAAGAGGUGGUACCGAACGUCAAGAAUUGGCUGACUAGCACAGAAAAAUACAUUGGAGAAAUGAAGGAGUUAGUAGAUGAGAUAGACACAGCAAAGAUGAAGUGUUUUGCUGGGGUGUGUCCGAAUCUCAAGGCACGUUACCAAAUUAGCAAGAAAGUAGAGGAGUAUUUGGAGGAUGUUACUCAACUCCUAGAAGAAGCUCUUACAUCCAACUUCCUGGUUGCUUACAAUAUUCCUCCUCCACAGAAGACUUCUACUGCACCUGUUAAAGGUUUUGAGGACUUUGGCUCAAGAAUGUCCAUUUUGGACCAUAUUAUGGAGGCCUUGAAAGGUUCUGCUGUUGACAAGAUAGGCGUGCACGGGAUGCCUGGUGUGGGCAAGACCAUGUUAGCCAAAGAAGUUGCCAGACGAGCCGAGGAAGCCCAAUUAUUUGAUGAAAUUGUAAUUGCUUCUGUGAUGAAGAAUCCAGAUUUGAAAAGAAUUCAAGCAGAAAUUGCAGACAAAUUAGAACUACAGCUUCAUGGGGAGACUGAAUUUGGGAGGGCCAAUCAACUAAAGGCAUAUCUGAAGAAAAAGAAGAAGAUUCUUGUUAUUUUGGAUGAUAUCUGGACGAGGUUGGAUUUGGAUGAACUUGGAAUUCCAUAUGAAGAAACAAAAAAUGAGGCAAGUUCAAAGGGUGAAGAACAGAUGCAAUGUAAGAUUCUUUUCACAUCUAGAUUUCUCAAUGUCUUAUCAUGUGACGUGCAUACUCAUCAAAAUUUCGAAGUUGGCCGAUUACAAGAUGAUGAAGCAUGGGAACUUUUGAAGAAGACAGUUGGCGAUGAAAUUUUAAAAUCUGACUUGCGGCUUACAGCAACAGAGAUUGCCAAGGAAUGUGCUGGGCUCCCCCUUGCCAUUCAAACUCUUGGCAAGGCUUUAAAAACUAAGGGAUCUUAUGAAUGGAGGGAUGCUCUGCGACAACUGAAAAAGCCCUCUCCAGAGAACUUCAUGGGGAUCUCUGCAAAUGUUUAUUCUGCAAUUGAAUUGAGUUACAAGCACUUAGAAGGAGAAGAACUCAAACAAACUUUCUUGCUUUGUAGUUUGCUCAAACAGAACACUUCUCUAGAAGACUUGCUGAAAUAUGGUAUUGGGCUGGGCUUAUUUCAUAAUAUCAACACAACAGGAGAAGCGCGGGAUAGAGUAUUAACAUUGGUUAGUAAACUAAAAUCCUGUUCUUUGUUGCUUGAUGGUUCUAGCAAUAUUAACUUUGGGUUGCAUGACAUUGUUCAUGGUGUCGCAAUAUCAAUAGCUUCGAGGGACCAUCAUGUGUUAUCAGUAAUAGAUGAUAACAUACCCAGAGAGUGGUCAGAUAGGGAGGGAAUGGGAGAUGUUGAAUGGAUUAGUUUGCAAUAUCCUAAAAUUGAUGAGCUCCCUAGUGAGUUAGAAUGUCCAAAACUUACGCUCUUUUGUCUGUGUAGCAAUGAUCCUUCUAUGAGAAUUCCAGAAAAUUUUUUUCAGGGAAUGCCAAAGCUCAGAGUCUUGAGUUUCACUAAGAUGAAAUUCUCAUCCUUCCCUUCAUCAGUUUGCCUCCUGAAAAGCCUUCGUACAUUAUGUAUGAAUGAAUGUGUUUUGGAAAACAUAGUUAUUAUUGGAGAGCUUAAGAGUUUGGAGGUCCUUAGCCUUUCAGGAUGUGAUGUCGAAGAGCUACCGGUGGAAAUUGGGCAGCUGACCCAGCUAAAGUUGUUAGAUUUGAGUGAUUGCAUCAAACUCAAAGUGAUUCCACCACAUGUCUUAGCAUGUUUGUCCAAACUAGAAGAGCUGCAUUUGGGAAACAGCUUCAACAAAUGGGAUACCGGGGAACAUGGAAAUCAAAGAAAUGCUAGCCUUGUUGAGUUGAUGGAUUUGCAUAACCUGACUACUUUAGAUGUGGGUGCAUGUGAUGUCCAACUUAUUCCCGAAGGCUUAUUCUCUAAAAGAUUGGAAAGAUACAAGAUCUUCAUUGGAGAGGUGUGGAACCACUGGAACAGUUCUUUCAAAAGCUCAAAAGUAUUGAAGCUGGAGCUGAUUACAAGCAUUGGUUAUGAUCAUUCAAUUUACAUGUUGUUGAAGAAAACAGAAGAAUUACAUGUGGAGGAAUUGAAGGGUGUCAAGAAUCUAGUUUAUGAGUUAGAUGCUGAAGGUUUUCAAGAACUGAAGUAUCUGUUUGUCCAAAAUGCUCCUGAGAUUCAACAUAUUAUUAACUCUAUGGAGGGGUUUCCUUGCUGCAAGGCAUUUCCCUUCUUAGAAGUUCUAUUUCUUCGAAACCUGAAUAGUUUGGUGAAGAUAUGUCAAGGCCAGCUUGAAGCAAUGUCUUUUAGCCAAUUAAGAAUUAUAACUAUUGAAUGUUGUAAUCAGCUGAAGAAUUUAUUGCCGUUCUCAAUAGCUAGACGGCUUCUCCAACUCGAAGAAAUUAGAGUAACAGACUGUCGUUCCAUAUUAAAGAUUGUUGAAGAGACAGAGCAAAGGGCCACGCAUGAUAUUGCAGAAAUAGAUGAAAAUUUGGAGCUCGCCAAACUACGAUCAUUGAAAUUGCAAUAUUUGCCAAAGUUUAUCAGAUUGUGUCAUGGAAAUGAGGAAACAACGGAGUCAAGCUCCAGGGCAACACUUUUCAAUAAUAAGAUUGUCUUUCCAAAUCUUGAAGAGUUGCAAUUGUCCUGGAUCAACAUCGGAAGUCUAUGGGGCAGCCGCCAUUUGACAAAAUCAUGUGGUAUUCAGAGUCUGACAAAGUUGAUUGUCGAGGGUUGUGAUCAAUUUGAACACAUAUUGUCAUCCUCUAUGGCCAAAUGUCUGGUGCAACUUACAUACCUUGCAAUAAGAAAAUGCAAGAGGAUGAGAGAGAUAAUUGCAGCAGAGAAUGCAGAAGACAAGGAAGAUUUGAUUUUGUUUCCCAAACUUAACAUCCUGAAUAUGGUAGAUCUGGAAAAUCUUACGAGAUUCUGCUCUGGGAAUUAUACAAUUAAAUUCACAACCUUGAAGGAAUUGUUGAUAAGAAACUGCCAAGAAUUGAAAGGUUUCGUGGUUGAUACAAGUACAAAUGACAAAGAUGGACCACAGGCACUCUUUAAUGAAAAGGUUGAGUUUCCCAACUUGGAAAUUUUGAGGAUAUUUCACUUGGAGAAGUUGAGGAACAUAUGGCACCACCAAUUCCAGGAAGAUGAUUUGUUUGCUGAUUCAUUCUGCAAACUAAAACUUUUGCACAUAAUAUGUUGUGACAAAUUACGGACCAUUUUUCCAUCUUAUAUGGUCGAAAGAUUAUUGAAAUCUGUGGAGAAGCUGGAGGUAUUCAAUUGCCAUAGCGUAGAAGAGAUAUUUGAACCUGGAGAGUUAAAUGUGCGUGGUGAAGUAGACAGUCAGUUAAGAGAAUUGCUUGUUUGGGAUCUACCAAGACUGAAGCAUUUGUGGACCCGCUGGGAUGCCCAUGGAAUUUUCACUUUUCGGAACUUGAAAUUUGUGCAAGCUGUGCGUUGCCUGAAACUCCAAUAUGUGUUUCCAACUUCCGUGGCUGUGGACCUUCAGCAACUUGAAGUGUUGUGGCUAAUGGAUUGCGGGAUAGAGGAAGUUGUGGCGUUGGGAGAAGGAAAUGAAGUAGUUUCUAGGUUUGUCUUUCGUUCUCUAUCUAAUCUUUGCCUGUGGGAUCUGUGGAGACUCAAAUAUUUCUAUCCACGGAAGCACGUUCUAGAGUGCCCCAGGCUAAAAAAAUUCCGUACAUGCAAUUCUGGCGUAGCUAAAGAAACAAAUGGGGAGAGCCCUGGCGAAUAUCCAGUUCAACUACCGCUUUUCUCCGUACAAAGGGUUAUUCCUAGGUUGGAGAAAUUGUCAUUAACAAGAAAUGACAUUGCAAUGAUAUGUAAUGGCCAAUUUUCAAGAGACCAGCUUUUUUGCAAUGUUCGAGUUCUUCAUCUUCUUUGUUAUCAUGAUGUAUCUCUUGUUUUGCCAAUCAACUUCCUUGAAAGUUUUUGCAAGCUGGAAAAGUUGAAUGUGGUUUGUUCUGAUUUUGAGAAGUUAUUUCCUUCUGAAGGAAGAGCCGAUGGUCAAGAGAAAUUUGUGGGAACAAAAUUACGUAUUAAAAUAUUGAAGUUGGAUGGACUUUGUAACCUGAAGCAAAUAUGUAACAAAGAUUCAGCAGCUGUAGCUGGCCUAUUUCUUCAAAAUCUUGAAAUUCUUAAAGUGUGGAAAUGUCGUAGCUUGACUAGCUUAUCAGCAUCUACUUUAGCCUUCCACAAUUUGGCCACUUUGGAGAUAUGGCAAUGCCAAGGGAUAACAUCUUUGGUUUCAUUCUCAGCAGCCCAAAGUCUAGUCCUACUCAAAACGAUGAGCAUAAGUGAGUGCCAUUUGCUAACUGAAAUAGUUGGAGAUGAACAAGAUAGAGAAGAUUGGCCAAAAACAGAAGGAGAUGGAUUAGAAGGUGUGAUUGUUUUUAGCAAACUAAAAGUUUUGAAACUCCUAAGCUUAACAAAACUCACAAGCUUUUGUUCAAGAAAUUUCACCUUCAAGUUCCCAUCUUUAGAACUCUUGGUUGUGACAAAAUGUCCCAACUUGGAGACCUUCUGUCGGGGAGUCCUAAAGACUCCAAUGCUGCAGAGAAUACAAUUACCACAGGCAAAUGAAGAUGAGGGACGUCCGGUGGUUGAGCUUAAUAACACCAUAAAUCAAUUGUACAAAGAAAAGGUUGGAUACAAUGAGUCUUAACAUUUGAAAGUUGAAACUCUCAAAGUUUCUUGAGUUGAUUGAAAUAUGACAGAAGAAACCUCAAGAUAUCUCAGAUGGUUUUCGUAUCUAGAACUUUGCAAUUGUGAUGACUUUCAGUACCUUUUAACUCCUUCCAUGGUGUUGAAUCUUUCUCCUCUAAAAAAUAUAAUAGUGCAAAACUA